AUGGCCCAACAACAAGAAGUAUCCAAUGUCAAAGAAGGUGUUGAGGGGCUGACAGCGGGGAGCAUCCCUGGAAUGUUCUCUCAGACUGACUUUCAGUCAGCCCUCGCUGUGACCGAUGUGAAAAACCGUCCGGAAGCAUGGAGUCUCCAGCCCACCACAAAUCCUGGUCUGAACGAGCAGGGCGAGUCUGCCUUCAAUGAAGCUCUGAGUGCGAGUCGUUUCCACCAGCACUCGCGUCGAAUACGACUCGAGCUGCAAGAGGAGCUCGUCCCUUCCUUUCUGCUCGAGGAGGAAAAGCAGCCGGUCUUUCCGACUUUACUCGUCGAUGACGAGACUCAUUUCAUCGACGAGACUCACUUGAAAGAGUACGAGGCAGCACCUAUAACAGCUAUAGAGUUCGAGAUACCAAUCGACCAACCAUCAGUCGAUUUCAAUGUCUCCCCAGGCGGUGGCGAAAACUCUGAGGUAAUCAGCUCUCUUCGUCUUCCGGACGCUCAAGUGACGUUCGCCAACGUUACGUGCUUCCACAAAGCGUCCGCACCCGUCUCCAAAGAUGAACAGGCCGGAAUCCGUCUUACCAAAGAACCGAUGACCAUCAUUUCCGACAUGCUAUCAUGCAAGAAGCUAUUUGAUUAUGUCGAGAGUCAGCGUACAAAAGAUCAACAUAUAGAGAACAUUUCGACGAAGCCAGACAACAGGCUGACGUCGCCGUUCAACGUUACCAGGCUAGAAUCUGGUGCUGAUACCUACGACGUGGAUAUGAUUUUGGUGAGAGCAGACAAGUCUGGCAAUCAUCACCCGUAUAGGAGAAGGGUCAUUUACAAUCCUUCUCAGAAACCUGUCUCGAGAUCGGGAGCAGAGGAAUCUGCGCCAGAAGUCCUCGAUGGUAUCUCUUUCAUAGUGUCUCCCGAGGAGCAUAACAAGGAAGGCUGA